AUGGUCGAGUGCACCGAUCCCGUGUUUAAAACAUAUUGCGAAUGGGGAAAUUUUGCCACACUUACACAACUCGUCGAGUUUGUAGUUGCAAUUCUUGCGUUUUUAAUGAAUAUUCCACAUUUAUUUAUACUAACGCGUAAGUCCAUGAGAACACAUAUUACAAAUUCCUUAAUGAUUGGAAUAUCGAUCGCUGAUAUGAUUACCCUAUUCAUGAUAAUCAAUAAUAGAAUUUACGUGACCUGGCUCUCACCAUAUGAUUGUUUCAAUUUUCAUAACUAUCCGAUGAUAGUUGCUCGAUAUGUUCUAGAAAUUUCCAUGGAGAGUAUGAUGAGAGUUUCCUAUUAUUUGGGGCUUUGUUUAGCGCUGAUCCGUUGCAUUAUUAUGAAGAUGUCUCGAAAUGCACCUGGUUUCCUUUCAACCACAAGAAAUGGCUACUUCCUCACACUAUUCUUGAUUAUCAUCAGUACCCUAAUCUCUUGUUCCUAUUUUUACGGGUACAAGAUCAUCAAAGAGAAGGAACCCUUUACUCCUGGAGCAAACUGCACCGGAUUCCCAGCCAAGUACAGUGAACCCAAUUACAACCGGGUAAAGAAGAAAAAUCAACUAAUUCCUACAGAUGUGUAUGAGGUUUUUACAGCAAGCUCUGAUGCAAGUUUUCAAUGUGGUGCAUUUUUAUUCACAUACAGUGUGGGAAAGUUCUAUAGGACCCCCCCUAAUUUGAAGAUUCUGAUUGCCGCACUUUACCCAAUUUUCGGCUUAUUGUUGAUGUUUGAAGUGUUGAAAGCAGCCAAAGUUGCGUCAACUAUGCUCAGCAGAAAAGAUGCGGUGGAGAGAUACCACACAAGCCGAAUGAUACUCGUUAUGACGAUUUUCUAUAUGCUCGCCAGUUGUCUUACUGGCACCUACAAAUUCGUUAGGCUUAUUGUCGAAACAAUCUCAUACACCCACUUCGAUAUGUACUUCAAUUUGAUUCUUGCGUAUUGUUCCAAUUUAUUCUCAGCACUCUUCUGUGCCAAUGCAUUGGCCCAUUUCUUGAUCAAUCUCUCAAUGUCAAGGAAUUAUCGGAAUGCCGUAAUGGAGCUGGGGUGCUGUCCUAGAAGGAAAGCGGAAGUAACGAUGGAUACGAAAAGUGUUAAUUCGACUGUAUGA